AUGAACAAGAAUGAGAGCAUAAUCAACCGGAGGGGUGUGUCUGGGCGAUUAAUAAUACUGGGGCGGCCAAGAGAAGCGUCGACGAGACGACCAGGGGCAACGUUAUGGGUUUGAGAAGGAGUGGGUGCAGCAAAGGGACGAUUAGGCGAGGGCACAAGUAUGCAGUGUGUCUUGUGCCUGCUGGCCCUGGCCCUCCUCGGCAGUGCUAAUGCAUUGUCAUGGAUGGAAUUAAUGGCUCGGGGUUGGGGCAUCUGCGCCGUGCGUUGUGUUGGGUGGUAUCAACGGUCGGCCUGUUGGUUAUGUCCGAGAGCGCGCCCUGGAUUCGAGCGGGAGGUUUCGAUGCCGCCACGAAGUACAAAGGCAGUGGAGUUAAGUCCCGGCUUGUACAAACUCCCGGCUUGGGAUUUUUCUCGAAGUCCAUUGUUGCGGAGCCCAUCCUGGUAACUGACAUCCUGAUGAUCAAGUUUAUGACUUGCUCGAGUCGCCAUUUGACCCUCGAACACCCACUUGGGCAAACUGCUGGGGGCCGAUCCUUGCUCGGCGCUGGACAUCUGGAUCCGCUCUUUUCGCUCCGAUCUCCAUGCCACGACGCCACGAAACUGGGAAUUGAUGAAACGAAGCAGGAAACGGGGCCGAAGCGAGAAGAAAGAAAGACGUUGGAAGUUACCUGCAUAUUCUUCGGAACUCACAACGAUGGCCGGAACUGUAAUUGCGAGACAACUCGACGACGGGACCUUGAGAACAACGCGGCGGGAUCGGCCCGGCGCACUCAAUCGUCCGAGCCGCGCAAUUGUCGCCGGUUGAGAGCAGGCGACAGGUCUGCCCAGGGAGGACAGGGAUCGGAGAAACGGUACGGCGGGGUACUUGACAGUACAUCGGGCUUCCAAAAAAGCUAAAUGCCGACCGACGGCCUGAGUAAGCUUGUUCACUCCGGCGUUGCUUUUGUCCAGACACCCAGAGACCCCCAGCUCGCCGAAGAAUUCCCAUUC